GCCAGGCGGCACCGCGCCAGCACUACCACCCAGGCCUCACGUCUGACACGAACAGCGCGCGCCACCGCGAACCGGGAAGCCCCGGCGUCCUGGCCAAUGGGCACCGCGCUGCGAGUGGCCACGCCCACCGCCCCCGCGUGUAAAAGGAGUCCGCCGGCUGCUGGCUUCUGAUUGGCUGGGGCAAGCAGUGGCCGCAGCGGGCGAAGCCGGUGUUCUAGCACUCGGGGGUGGAGGCCAGAAGCCGGCUGGACUGAAAGGGACGUCUCCUCUCGGAAGACUCUUCAAGAAAUCACAAUGUCAACCAACACAGAUCUUUCUCUCUCUUCAUACGAUGAAGGUCAGGGGUCCAAGUUUAUUCGGAAAGCUAGGGAGACACCGUUUGUCCCCAUUGGAAUGGCCGGCUUCGCAGCGAUUGUUGCAUAUGGGCUCUACAAGCUGAAGAGCAGGGGAAACACGAAGAUGUCUAUUCAUUUGAUCCACAUGCGUGUGGCAGCCCAGGGCUUUGUUGUGGGGGCCAUGACUCUUGGUAUGGGCUAUUCCAUGUAUCAAGAAUUCUGGGCCAAGCGUAAGCCUUAGAAGAGCUGCUGCCUUGGUCUGGGAAGUGCUUGCUUUAGUUAGACGUCUCAUAUUGAGGUUACAUGUUUGUGUCUGCAAUAAAUAACAUAUGGGUUUAGACAAAACACA